AUGGCUUCGCAGCAGAACUUGAAGGCCAACCUCGACGGGGCCGGCAGGUCUACGCCAACGUUACGGCAGAAGGGAUGGGCGCCUAUAAAGAACCACCAGCCAUACCCGCCGCCACGAGACAUCAAAAACUAUGCUGCCAGAGCUCUACCUGACGUACCAGGAGACAGCAGACACGGUGCUGUGAGGAACCAAUCUGGCUUGCCUCCUCGGCCCAAUUCCAGCUCUUCGUACUCUUCGUCAAUCUACGACUCGGAAGGGGACGAUGGCGCUGCUCUACGCAAGCAGAACCCAAAGCAAGAAUUGCCCAUACGACAGCAGCCCGGAGAUGCUCGUGCGAGCACCAGCUUCUCGGGUGCGAUGGAUGAGGCGGCUUUCGACAUGAUUCGACAACCACCUCCGUUGGCGAUUAACCCUCCCAAGUCGCGCGAUCAGCCAGAGAUAGCGUCGCCGCAGCCGAGAAUACCAGCUCUCAGCAAGGCCCAUCAAUGGAUAGCUCAUAGCGAAGACCGGGUUAGCCCCGUGACCCCUGGUUCGGGAAGAUAUCCUUAUGUCGGCUUUCCAGUCUCUCCCAUUUCCGAGCACGGGGUCAGCAUUAGCUUCGAGGAGACCACCUCGGAACCAGACCAUCACCCAUAUAAGGCUUACAAUCCUUCGGUGACUCCUUCCUCUAAUUGGAGUCACUCAACGAGCCAGGCUUCGAAGAGCCCCCAGCCGCCUCCUGAGACCAGCCUGCAUCCACAUGUUCAGAAAAUCAACCUCCGCUAUAGUGACCCCGGCAGCCCCAUAAGCGUCGGACCCGGAGGAGACGUUCGAGGAUUUGGGGGGCCCGGCCCUGACAUCGGCAGUUCGUUUCGUUCCCAUCAAUCAGCUCAGGGGCAGGGCAAAGGCAAUACGUCGCUGUCGGUCCAGAGCGCCUGGGGCAAACAGGCCGACGGGGACAGGCCAGCAAGUCCAGCCAGCGGCCGCAAAGUCGUCUCCUUCGCGGUCCCGCAGAUCGACAGCUUCUCCUCGGGCUCGGGCCGCCGCCAGUCCAGCCCGUGGAACGCAGCCCCGCCGCCCCUGGAACUCAGCGAGCGGCCCGUAGCGCAGGACCACGAGAAGACGCCCUUCCCGCCGCAGACCGACGCCAGCGAUUCGCAGAGGAGCUUCUUCGACGACAGCGAUGACAACAACGACGACGAGGUCGACGACCGGGCGCAGAAGACGCACAAGCGGGUGUCCAGCUUCACCGCCAUGGGCCUGGGCAAGUCCCUCCGACCCGGGUCGUCGUCGCACAAGAACGUCGUGGCUCCUGUGCCGGAGGCUCGGCACGUCGACGUCCAGGUGCGGCUGUCGCCGGUGCCGAAGCCGAAGAAGCAUCGGAAUAUCUUGUCCCGGGCGAAACACGGCUUGGGGCUCAGCUCGGAGGACGCGAAGAGGGAGAGGAAGAGGGAUGAGAUCAAGCGCCAGAUUCGAUUUGGGAACUCGGGAGAGUGA